CAGUAGGCUCCACUCACCAUGCCGACUGUCAGCGUGAAGCGCGAUGUGCUCUUCCGAGCUCUGGGCCGGACCUACACCAAUGAAGAAUUUGAUGAACUAUGUUUUGAAUUUGGUCUGGAACUCGAUGAAAUUACUUCUGAGAAGGAAAUUAUAAGUAAGGAACAAGGUAAUGAAAAGGCACAGGGGGCCUCUGAUGUUGUUCUCUACAAAAUUGACGUCCCUGCCAAUAGAUAUGAUCUCCUUUGUCUGGAAGGAUUGGUUCGAGGACUUCAAGUCUUCAAAGAAAGGAUAAAGGCUCCAGUGUAUAAACGGGUAAUGCCCAAUGGAGAAAUCCAGAAAUUAAUCAUCACAGAAGAGACAGCUAAAAUACGCCCGUAUGCUGUUGCAGCGGUUCUACGAAACAUGAAGUUUACUAAAGAUCGGUAUGACAGCUUCAUUGAACUUCAGGAGAAAUUACAUCAGAACAUCUGCAGGAAAAGAGCACUUGUUGCUAUUGGUACCCAUGAUUUGGACACUUUGUCAGGCCCAUUUACUUACACUGCAAAGAAGCCUGCAGACAUCAAAUUCAAACCUCUAAAUAAGAGCAAGGAGUAUACAGCCUGUGAACUGAUGAACAUAUACAAGACUGACAAUCAACUUAAACAUUAUUUACAUAUAAUUGAAAACAAACCUCUGUAUCCAGUUAUCUAUGACAGCAAUGGUGUAGUCCUUUCCAUGCCUCCAAUCAUCAAUGGAAAUCAUUCCAAAAUAACAGUGAAUACUAGAAAUGUAUUUAUUGAAUGCACAGGAACUGACUUUACUAAGGCAAAAAUAGUUCUUGAUACUAUUGUCACCAUGUUCAGUGAAUAUUGUGAUAAUCAGUUUACGGUUGAAGCAGCUGAGGUAGUUUUUCCUAAUGGAAAAUUACAUACCUUUCCAGAACUGGCUUACCGAAAGGAGAUAGUGAGAGCUGAUCUAAUUAACAAAAAAAUUGGAAUCAGAGAAACUCCAGAAAAUCUUGCCAAGCUUCUGACCAGGAUGUGUUUAAAGUCAGAAGUCAUAGGCGAUGGGCAUCAGAUUGAGAUUGAGGUCCCUCCGACCAGAGCCGACAUUAUCCAUGCCUGUGAUAUCAUAGAAGAUGCAGCUAUUGCUUAUGGAUAUAACAACAUUCAGAUGACUCUCCCGAAAACAUACACCAUAGCUAAUCAAUUCCCCCUAAAUAAGUUCACAGAACUCCUGAGACAUGACAUGGCAGCUGCUGGAUUCACUGAAGCACUUACCUUUGCCCUGUGCUCUCAAGAAGAUAUUGCUGAUAAACUGGGUUUGGAUAUCUCUGCAACAAAGGCAGUCCACAUAAGUAAUCCUAAAACAGCUGAAUUUCAGGUGGCACGCACUACCCUUCUUCCUGGCCUCCUAAAAACCAUAGCUGCAAAUCGGAAGAUGCCCCUUCCUCUAAAACUGUUUGAAAUCUCUGACGUUGUAAUAAAAGAUUCUAGCAGAGAUGUAGGUGCAAGAAACUACAGGCAUCUCUGUGCUGUUUAUUACAACAAGAAUCCUGGGUUUGAGAUAAUCCAUGGGCUCCUGGACAGAAUCAUGCAGCUAUUUGCUGUGCCUCCUGGUGAAAAGAAGGGAGGAUAUGUGAUCAAAGCAUCAGAAGGCCCUGCAUUCUUCCCUGGCCGCUGUGCUGAGAUCUUUGCCCGGGGUCAGAGCAUCGGGAAGCUGGGGGUCCUUCAUCCUGAUGUGAUCACUAAAUUUGAGCUGACCCUGCCCUGCUCCUGCUUGGAAAUCAACAUCGAGCCGUUCUUGUGAAGAUGGGUCUCUGUUUUGUGGCUAUCGCCCCUCGGGCCCCUCUCUCCUUCCCAGUGCCCUUUCAGUCGUCCCCAGAUGAACGUCCACCUGUGCUUGUGCAUUAAUGUUGAAUAAAAUACAGAGAAGUGUC